UAUUCGUCGUUUGUUGAUCUUACAGAUCUUUGAAGUUUACGUUUAUAGUUUGUGUUGUGUUUGUACUUUGGAGUGUGUCAAGAAUUUUGUUAUUUUACUAGGCCCUGUAUAAAUUCGUGUUGUUAAACUAUUUAAUAUUUUAAUGUCAUUCACACUCAGGUUGAUCAGAUGUCACUGUUUCCAGCCUACAAACCAAGUACUUCAACAGUUGAUUGUGAUACCUUAAAUAUUGAUGUACCUUCAAGUAGGCCUACUCAUGAAGUUAUAACAAACAGUCCAGAUUUGUCAUGGCUUAAAAAUACAAGUUACUCCAUUGAAGCCAAAGAGUUCAAUCAUGAGGCUAAACAGAGCUGCAAUGAAGAGAAAGAUAAAACAUCAAAACCUGAAGACAAAGAACGUAAUAGGGGCAAAACUAAAAAGAAGAAGAAACCCGACAAAAGAGAGAAAAGGUUAAGGCAAAAGACAGCGUCCUCGAAGUUCUCUACAACUUCACAUGGAUCAUCAAAGUGCAUUGAAAACGACCGAUUUUAUGAAGACAAGAUUCAAGACAAAGGAAACUUUUUAGUGGACACUCUCUACCGCCCAGCCAUUCCUAGGUACAACAAGUACAAUCAAUAUUUUAAGAUUUAUAAACUGAGGAAGAAAACAAUAAAAAAAUAUAAGAAACACAAGCGUUAUUAUUUGGUGCAAUUAAUUAAACGUGAAGCCUCUUUGGACUCAGAAGAUUCCUUUUCAAAAGAAGAAGAGUUAUCAAAAAUAACUAAGGAUUUCAACCAGAAGCUAGCAGAAACUCCAAGUGAUAUUGAAACAUGGUUGGAUUAUGUUCGUUUUCAGAACACUGUGUUGGACUUUGAGAAGACAUAUCGCAGUGGCUCUGUGGGAGGUACACAUGUGAUGUCACAAAGACAGUUGGCCAUCCUGGAGCGAGCAUUGCAACACAACCCUGCCAACCCUCGCCUGCUGACCAUGAGACUACAGCUGCUGGAGCUCACACUUCCACCCGACCAGGUUGCAGAUGAGUGUAGCCGCGCCCUGGUGCAGGAUCCCGGCUGUGUCCCACUGUGGCGAGCUCUGAUACGCACGUCUCGUAAUAACAUGGCUCUAUGUGUGGCACCUGCAGUACUGCAACAGUUUUCCAAGGCUCUCUCCAGACUUGGCCAGCUUAGAGUUCAUCGACCUCCUGGCUUCAUUGAAAAAGAUAUACUGAACCUGAUGUUGGAGUGUGGACUGUUCCUACAACAAGCAGGCCUGUGGGAACAGCUGAUAACCCUGCUGCAAAUGUAUCUGAGUCUCAGUCUUACUGCCUCCGGUCAGUUUACUCUCCCAGCUCAGCCUCAAGAAAAUCAAACUAGAGAACAAGAAGACUUAAUACUGUCCAGUGGGCUCCCACUCAGCGUACUUUGGCUAAGGAUAGAGAAGCUAAGAGCUGCUUAUCAUUACCUACCCUCAGCCAAUGCUGGGGCUGAUCCUCAGAGGGUCGUGUUUUCCGAAGACUUGGCAGGAUUGGUACAGCCUGUGAUGGGAGAAGAGCUGCAACUGCAGUUAGUCGCUGUUGUGUUCAAUUUGCUCAAAAUUCCCCUUCUACCUACCAGACACUCCACUCUGGAAUGUAUUGGCCUUCUUCAGAUCCCUUCCUCCUUCAGUAAUGUGGAAGUACUAUUAGCAGCUGCUUAUCCCUCUGGAUUUUCUUCACUGACCGACUGUAGGUACUUAUCUGGCAGCAUAGAGCUGGUGUGUGAGCCACAGUUUGUGAAGGAGUCUCCAGGCCAGAUAGAGUUCCUCAGCACUGUGACCAGCCUGCUGCAGAACUGCGCUGAGCUGUUGCCUACUGCUGAUGCUAAUAGACUGGUUGUGUUAGGUAGGUACUUAUCUGGCAGCAUAGAGCUGGUGUGUGAGCCACAGUUUGUGAAGGAGUCUCCAGGCCAGAUAGAGUUCCUCAGCACUGUGACCAGCCUGCUGCAGAACUGCGCUGAGCUGUUGCCUACUGCUGAUGCUAAUAGACUGGUUGUGUUAGGUAGGUACUUAUCUGGCAGCAUAGAGCUGGUGUGUGAGCCACAGUUUGUGAAGGAGUCUCCAGGCCAGAUAGAGUUCCUCAGCACUGUGACCAGCCUGCUGCAGAACUGCGCUGAGCUGUUGCCUACUGCUGAUGCCAUCAUUGUCCACAUGUGGCUUAUGAGGCUGUACGCUUUACUCUGUCGACUACACCAUCUAGAGCUGGGAGCUGUGCCUGCAUCCAUACAGAAACAGGCCAGAAGUCAAGCCAAAAAACUUCUCAAACAGCCUCAGUUCAGAGACAACCUAUUGCUCUACAGUGAAUAUGCUAUGAUAGAGAGAGCAUCAGGAGAGCUAGACAGAGCCUGCAAGGUGCUAGAGACUGCUUCUUCUCUACCCUCACAGUCGGAACAGCAACACACAAAUGUACACCAAGUAUUGCUGAGGAGAAGACAGGCUGAGUGUCUACUGCUGAUUGACUACACUGCUAACAAACAGUCAGCAGUGAAGGUGUUGGUGUCAGCUCAGCCUUGUGAUGUAGCAGCCUUGGUUGACCAGUGGCGCCCUCUGGCUGGUGAACCUCUCACUUUAUCUGCAGCCCUCUCGCCUCAGCUCCUUGUAGAGAGCCUCGCUUGUCACUCCCUCCAUCUCUCCCUCACUCACUCGGUGUGGGAUGCUACUGGGUUCCUGCAACAGUGUAUAGAUACUAUACCUCACACCAGCGGUACACUUGGAAGUGCCUGGGUAGAACAACUGUACGAAGUACUGACAGAUCUUUUGUACUUACACACUAAACACAAUAAGUCCGGCUUUGCUGUGCUGCGCUCUUCAUUAACAAAGGCCCUUGAUAUCUUCCCCAACAACGUAACUCUACUUAACACAUUGGCUUGUUUAGAGACUGGCAGUAGUGGAGGCAGCCCUGUGUGGAAACUUGUCAGCUACUUUCCACGAAGUGUUCCUUUGGCUCGGCUGGUCCUGGUGUUUGUCGUGCGACACAGGAUAUCCAACCAGGCGUCUAGUACUGGUAGGGCUUUCUUGAAGAACUUGCUGCGCCAGUUGGCAGAGGAGGAAGUGACCAGACAGUGUCCACUGGUCUGGCGUCUCUACCUACAGCUCGUGGCAGCACAGGAGUCUGACACACAAGUCAAAGCCACUUUCUAUAAAGCAUUGCAAGCUUGUCCAUGGUUUAAGGCUUUGUAUAUUGAUGCAGUCAAGUUCUUGCCAGAAGAGUUGCCGGAAGUUCAGGACUUAUUGAUAGAAAAAGAACUGCGUCUCCACACUACACCUGAGGAGCUGGAAAUACUCCGGGAUUAAACAAAUUUGUGUGUCUUAUAGUGUAAUAUAUUAACUAUAAAAUACUACACAUGCAGAAUUUGUUAUUUAUCUUUUGUAUAUUUUUUUCUUUUUGG